AGCGCAGAAGUGGGACUGCACGUAGCUCGAACCACCGUCGGAGGAGGAAGUUCGUGGUCGAAAUUGUGAUUUAUUCGUCCAAUUUUACAACUGGGUUGAUAAAAGCACUUGGAACAGCUGUAGAAACUUUAUAUGUCUCUCAUCUGAUUCACUGGAACAGCUCAUGCUAAAACUUCACAAUGAAAACCGAAGUCUCUACUGCUGCUAACUUUGUCGCGCGUCUGUUGAGAGGAACAGGGUUGCUUUCAGAAGAACAGCUGCAACGAUUCAGGUUCUCUUUGGAAGAAGCUUUGGGAGAUCAUUAUCGCCACCACUGGUUCCCAAAUGCACCAUUCCGAGGUUCGGGCUACAGGUGCAUCCGGAUCAACCACAAGAUGGACCCUUUGAUAGGCAAAGCAGCUUGUACGAUUGGACUCACAAAAGAGCGGCUUUUUUCUCUGCUGCCAAGUGAACUCACCAUGUGGGUCGAUCCAUAUGAAGUAUCCUACCGGAUUGGAGAGGAUGGCUCCAUAUGCGUCCUCUACGAGUCCACACCUCUGUCAGACAAGAAUCCGGGGGACAGCUGCAAAGGCGAACUGAGAAUGGAACAGCAGAGUCCAUCCAAAUCCUUCAGCAUGAUGACCUGCUCCAGCUGAAGAAUAGUUGUCUGUUGAUCUGCUUGUGAGCGUAGUAAAUCAGGCAUCGCUCAUGUUCAGUUACUUUUUAAACCUUUUUUUUUCCUCCAGAUUUUUUUAAAUCAAUGGUGAAAUAUUAUUGACCUCAUAGUGAAAACAGAUGUAUUUUGAUUAAAUGUGUUUUAAGCUCCCUGUACAGUCAUGUUGAAUAUGUUUUUUUAAAUUUCUAUUAAAAGGUUUUCUAUGAAUUUCUAGAAACUUAAA